UGUGGAGUUGGGUUCUUGCAGGAUUUCCUUCCAGCCUUUCCCCACUAAGGUUCUUGGGAAUUAAAAAAAAAAAAUCUAAACACACAAACCAAGUUUUCCUAUUUACAGUGUUCAAGGAAGGUAGGCAUUUGGGGAAGGGCAGAUCCUUUUCCCAAGUUAUCCAAGAAGGAAGAGAAAACAGCGUAAAGAAGCUCUGAUUACAGAUCUUUGGAAUUUUCUUUGCUAAAUUUUACAAACGAGAAAUACACCCAGAAUUUUGGGAAUUGCUCCAGGCUGCGCGUGAGGGUUUGAUUGCUUGUCUAAUUUUUUUUUUUGAGAAGAGGAGAAUUCGCCAAAAGGGGUUUGGAUGGUAGAAGCCCGGCUGGGUUUCUGCAGCAGCUCGUGUUCUCUGGCUCUUCUCUGAGGGAGGGUCUCUGCAGCCGGCUGGGAGACCCCCUGUCGCAGGCUCCUUUUGCAGGCGCCGGCCCGGGAGGGAAAAUGCCCCGCUCUGGCAGGAGUACGCUGGCUUCUGGGACUUCCUAGCCCGGUGGGAAGUGUGUUCGUGGUUUGGGGAUACUUUUCAUUGAACUGAAGGCGAAGAGACUGGACUCUCCUGGGCUUUUUCUAUUCGCAGUGAAUAUGGGAAAGAAUUAGGGGGUGGGAGGGAGGCAGCAUGACUUGCAGUCGCUGCUGCCCUGCAUCUGCCCCCAGCCCCCAGCCAGCAUCUUGAUGUUCCACGUAUCGGCUGUACAAAUAUGAUGAAAUGGCAGCCCCGGAAGAAGGCAUACUUCCGACAGGGUGUUGCCCUCCAGUACCUCGGACGUCAUGCCGAUGCCCUGGCAGCCUUUGCGUCUGGACUGGCUCAGGACCCCAAGAGUCUCCAGCUUCUGGUGGGGAUGGUGGAGGCUGCCAUGAAAUCUCCCAUGAGAGACUCCCUCGAGCCCACUUAUCAGCAGCUUCAGAAAAUGAAACUGGACAAGAGUCCCUUUGUGGUCGUGUCUGUGGUUGGGCAGGAGCUCCUGACAGCUGGCCAUCACGGGGCCUCUGUGGUUGUCUUAGAAGCCGCUCUGAAGAUUGGCACCUGCAGCCUCAAACUGAGAGGCUCCGUUUUCUCUGCCCUGAGCAGUGCUUACUGGUCUCUUGGAAACACAGAGAAGAGCACUGGAUACAUGCAGCAGGACUUGGAUGUAGCCAAGACCUUAGGUGACCAGACAGGAGAAUGCCGAGCUCAUGGGAAUCUAGGCUCUGCAUUCUUCUCCAAAGGAAAUUACCGGGAGGCUCUCACUAACCACAGGCAUCAGUUGGUGCUCGCCAUGAAACUCAAGGAUCGAGAGGCAGCUUCAUCUGCCCUGAGCAGUCUGGGCCAUGUGUACACAGCCAUUGGAGACUACCCCAACGCCCUGGCCAGUCACAAACAGUGUGUUCUUCUUGCCAAGCAAUCCAAAGACGAGCUUUCUGAAGCCCGAGAACUCGGCAACAUGGGAGCCGUGUACAUUGCCAUGGGGGACUUUGAGAAUGCUGUGCAGUGUCAUGAGCAGCACCUGAAAAUAGCCAAGGACCUGGGUAACAAGCGCGAGGAGGCUCGGGCCUACAGCAACUUGGGCAGUGCCUAUCAUUACAGGAGGAACUUCGAUAAGGCCAUGUCUUACCACAACUACGUGCUGGAGCUGGCACAGGAGCUGAUGGAGAAGGCCAUUGAGAUGCGGGCCUACGCCGGCCUGGGCCAUGCUGCCAGGUGCAUGCAGGAUUUGGAGAGGGCCAAACAGUACCAUGAACAGCAGCUGGGCAUUGCCGAGGACCUCAAGGACCGGGCUGCAGAGGGGCGAGCAUCCUCCAAUCUGGGAAUUAUACACCAGAUGAAAGGUGACUAUGACACUGCACUGAAACUCCACAAGACCCACCUGUGCAUCGCCCAGGAGCUGAGUGAUUACGCGGCCCAGGGCCGUGCCUACGGGAAUAUGGGCAAUGCCUACAACGCCCUGGGCAUGUACGACCAGGCGGUCAAGUACCACCGGCAGGAGCUGCAGAUCUCCAUGGAGGUCAAUGACCGUGCCUCACAGGCGUCCACUCACGGGAACCUUGCUGUGGCCUACCAGGCCCUGGGGGCCCACGACCGAGCCCUGCAGCACUAUCAGAACCACCUGAACAUCGCCCGGGAGCUGCGUGAUAUCCAGAGCGAAGCCCGGGCCCUCAGCAACCUGGGCAACUUCCACUGCUCUCGGGGGGAGUACGUCCAAGCCGCCCCCUAUUAUGAGCAGUACCUCCGGCUCUCUCCUGACCUUCAAGACAUGGAAGGCGAAGGGAAGGUCUGCCACAACCUCGGCUACGCCCACUACUGCCUUGGCAAUUACCAGGAGGCCGUGAAGUAUUAUGAGCAGGACCUGGCACUGGCCAAAGACCUUCACGACAAAUUGAGCCAAGCAAAAGCCUACUGCAACUUGGGCCUGGCCUUCAAGGCUCUGCUGAACUUCAGCAAAGCUGAGGAGUGUCAGAAGUACCUGCUGUCUCUCGCUCAGUCCCUGAAUAAUUCCCAGGCGAAAUUUCGAGCCCUAGGGAACCUGGGCGAUAUAUUCAUCUGUAAAAAAGAUAUAAAUGGUGCAAUAAAAUUCUAUGAGCAGCAGCUGGGUUUAGCUCACCAUGUAAAGGAUAGACGACUGGAGGCCAGUGCCUAUGCGGCCCUGGGCACUGCAUACCGAAUGAUCCAGAAAUACGACAAGGCCUUGGGUUAUCACACCCAGGAACUGGAGGUCUAUCAGGAGCUGAGCGACUUGCCGGGGGAGUGCAGAGCCCAUGGGCACCUGGCUGCCGUCUACAUGGCCCUUGGGAAAUACACCAUGGCUUUCAAGUGCUACGAAGAGCAGCUGGAUCUAGGGCAGAAGCUGAAGGAUCCGAGCCUGGAAGCCCAGGUCUAUGGCAACAUGGGCAUCACAAAGAUGAACAUGAACGUGAUGGAAGAAGCCAUUGGCUACUUUGAGCAGCAGCUGGCCAUGCUGCAGCAGCUGAGUGGAAACGAGUCUGUGCUCGACAGGGGCCGGGCCUACGGCAACCUGGGGGAUUGCUACGAGGCCCUGGGUGACUACGAGGAAGCGAUCAAGUACUACGAACAGUAUUUGUCCGUUGCUCAGAGUCUGAAUCGCAUGCAAGACCAAGCCAAGGCUUACCGGGGCCUCGGAAAUGGACACAGGGCAAUGGGGAGCUUGCAGCAAGCCCUCGUGUGCUUUGAAAAGAGGCUCGUAGUCGCCCAUGAGCUGGGGGAGGCCUUUAAUAAAGCCCAGGCCUACGGAGAGCUGGGAAGUCUGCACAGCCAAUUAGGGAAUUAUGAACAAGCCAUUUCCUGCCUUGAACGCCAGCUGAACAUCGCCAGAGAGAUGAAGGACCGAGCUCUGGAGAGCGACGCGGCCUGUGGCCUGGGGGGCGUCUACCAGCAGAUGGGAGAAUAUGAUACAGCCCUGCAGUACCACCAGCUUGACCUGCAGAUUGCGGAGGAAACCAACAACCCCACAUGCCAGGGCCGAGCCUAUGGGAACCUGGGCCUGACGUACGAGUCCCUGGGCACCUUCGAGAGGGCUGUGGUCUACCAGGAGCAGCACUUGAGCAUCGCCGCACAGAUGAACGACUUGGUGGCCAAGACCGUGUCGUAUAGUAGCCUCGGAAGGACCCAUCAUGCUUUGCAGAACUAUUCCCAGGCGGUCAUGUACUUACAGGAAGGUUUAAGGUUAGCUGAGCAACUGGGCCGAAGAGAAGAUGAAGCCAAAAUCCGCCACGGCCUUGGCCUCUCCCUUUGGGCCAGUGGGAACCUGGAGGAGGCGCAACACCAGCUCUAUAGGGCAUCGGCCUUGUUUGAGACCAUCCGACACGAGGCACAGCUAAGCACAGACUACAAGCUCUCCCUCUUUGACCUGCAGACGUCAUCCUACCAGGCCCUGCAGCGGGUGCUCGUCAGCCUAGGCCAUCACGAUGAAGCCCUGGCCGUGGCAGAAAGAGGGCGGACAAGGGCAUUUGCAGAUCUUCUGGUAGAACGACAAACAGGACAGCAGGACUCUGACCCCUACUCCCCGGUCACCACUGAUCAGAUCUUAGAGAUGGUUAACGGCCAGAGGGGACUAGUGCUUUACUAUUCCCUGGCCGCAGGCUACCUGUAUAGCUGGCUGCUUGCUCCUGGGGCAGGAAUUCUGAAGUUUCACGAACACUACCUGGGUGAUAACACAGUGGAAAGCUCCAGUGACUUCCAGGCUGGCAGCACUGCAACUCUUCCAACAGCCACCAGCUCGGCCCUAGAGCAGCACAUCGCCAGUGUGCGGGAGGCCCUGGGGGUGGAGUCUUACUACUCGAGGGCCUGUGCCAGCAGCGAGACAGAGAGUGAAGCCGGAGACAUCAUGGACCAGCAGUUUGAAGAGAUGAACAACAAGCUCAACUCGGUGACUGACCCCACGGGCUUCCUUCGGAUGGUUCGUCGUAAUAACCUCUUUAACAGGAGCUGCCAGAGUAUGACAAGCUUGGUCAGCAACACCAUGUCACCUACCAAGGACGGGACCUCCUCUCUUCCCAGGAGGCAGAGCUCAUUCGCCAGGCCCCCACUUCGUGCUCUGUAUGACCUGCUCAUAGCGCCCAUGGAAGGGGGCCUGAUGCACUCCAGCGGCCCCGUGGGCCGGCACCGGCAGCUAGUCCUGGUUCUGGAGGGGGAGCUCUACCUCAUCCCUUUCGCCCUCCUGAAGGGAAGCUCCUCCAACGAGUAUCUGUACGAGCGCUUCACCCUCAUCGCAGUCCCUUCCAUCCGUGCCCUCGGCCUGCAGUCCAAGUCUCACCUGAGGAAGACCCCGCCCACCUACUCCAGCUCCACGUCCAUGGCGGCUGUCAUCGGCAACCCCAAGCUCCCGUCAGCGGUAAUGGACAGGUGGCUGUGGGGGCCGAUGCCAUCAGCUGAGGAGGAAGCCUACAUGGUGUCGGAGCUGCUGGGCUGCCAGCCCCUGGUGGGCAGUGUGGCCACCAAAGAGCGGGUCAUGAGUGCCCUGACCCAGGCCGAGUGCGUCCACUUUGCCACCCACAUCUCUUGGAAACUGUCGGCCUUGGUCCUCACACCUAGUGUGGACGGCAAUCCUGCCAGCAGCAAGAGCUCCUUCGGCCACCCCUACACCAUCCCCGAGUCCCUGCGGGUGCAGGACGACGCCAGUGAUGGGGAGAGCAUCUCGGACUGCCCGCCCCUGCAGGAGCUGCUGCUCACGGCCGCCGACGUCCUGGACCUGCGGCUUCCCGUGAAGCUGGUGGUCCUCGGCUCCUCUCAGGAGUCCAACAGCAAGGUCACAGCCGACGGGGUGAUUGCGCUGACACGGGCCUUCCUGGCUGCUGGUGCACAGUGUGUCCUCGUGUCUCUGUGGCCUGUGCCCGUGGCUGCUUCCAAGAUGUUCCUCCAUGCUUUCUACUCAUCCCUGCUGAACGGCCUGAAGGCCAGUGCUGCACUGGGGGAGGCCAUGAAGGUGGUGCAGAGUAGCAAGGCCUUCUCACACCCCUCCAACUGGGCAGGGUUCAUGCUUAUUGGCAGUGAUGUGAAGCUCAACAGCCCGUCCUCACUCAUCGGCCAGGCCCUCACGGAGAUCCUCCAGCACCCGGAGCGUGCCCGGGACGCCCUGCGCGUGCUGCUGCACCUGGUGGAGAAGUCCCUGCAGCGCAUUCAGAACGGGCAGCGCAAUGCCAUGUACACGUCCCAGCAGAGCGUGGAGAACAAAGUGGGUGGCAUCCCCGGGUGGCAGGCCCUCCUCACCGCCGUGGGCUUCCGGCUGGACCCCCCGGCCAGCGGCCUGCCAGCAGCCGUCUUCUUCCCAACCUCCGACCCGGGCGACCGGCUCCAGCAGUGCAGCAGCACCAUCCAGUCCCUGCUAGGUCUGCCCAACCCUGCCCUUCAAGCCCUCUGCAAGCUCAUCACCGCCUCGGAGACGGGCGAGCAGCUCAUCAGCCGGGCUGUUAAAAAUAUGGUUGGAAUGCUCCACCAGGUCCUGGUCCAGCUGCAGGCCUGCGAGAAGGAGCAGGACUUCGCAUCGGCGCCCAUCCAGGUCUCCAUCAGCGUCCAGCUGUGGCGGCUCCCGGGCUGUCAUGAAUUCCUGGCAGCUCUAGGUUUUGAUCUUUGUGAAGUUGGUCAGGAAGAAGUAAUCCUGAAAACCGGGAAACAAGCCAAUCGAAGAACUAUGCACUUUGCGCUCCAGUCCCUGCUCGCCCUUUUCGAUUCUACUGAGCUGCCCAAACGCCUCAGCCUGGACAGCUCGUCCUCCCUGGAGUCCCUGGCCUCGGCCCAGUCUGUCUCCAACGCCCUGCCCUUGGGCUACCAGCACCCUCCCUUCUCUCCCACCGGUGCAGACAGCAUCGCCUCGGACGCCAUCUCCGUGUACAGUCUCAGCUCCAUCGCCUCCUCUAUGAGCUUUGUCUCCAAGCCCGAGGGGGGGUCUGAAGGUGGGGGGGCCCGAGGACGGCAGGACUACGACCGGUCCAAGAAUGCUUACCCACAGCGAUCCACCCUGCCUCGGAGCCAGCUGUCCCCCCAGACCCGCCCUGCAGGCAGCAAAGAUGAAGAAGAGUAUGAAGGGUUUUCCAUCAUCAGCACUGAGCCUUUGUCGGCCUACCAAGAAAACAGAAAGGCAUGCUUCUCACCGGAUCACAAGCAGUCUCGAGGAGGGACAGCUGGAGGUGUGAAAGUUUCCGUAAGCUCCAAGGGGAGCGUAAGCACUCCAAAUUCUCCGGUUAAAAUGACUCUGAUUCCCAGCCCAAACUCACCCUUCCAAAAAGUUGGAAAACUAGCAAGUUCAGAUACGGGAGAAUCAGACCAGUCUAGCACAGAAACAGAUAGUACCGUGAAAUCCCAAGAAGAAAGCAACCCAAAGCUUGAUCCACAAGAGUUGGCCCAGAAGAUUCUAGAGGAGACACAAAGUCAUCUCAUCGCGGUAGAGCGUCUUCAGAGGGGCGGCGGCCAGACUGGCAAGAGUGGUAACCCCGAGGACGGCAUUUCCGUGCCAAACAGUGCCACGGUCUUCAGAGCGUCAGAAACGAGCGCAUUCAGCCGACCUGCCCUCUCCCAUCAGAAGAGUCAGUCAUCACCAGUCACUGUGAAACCAAAGCCCCCAGCCAGAAGCUCAUCCCUGCCCAAGGUGAGCUCAGGAUACAGCAGCCCCACCACCUCGGAGGCGUCCAUCAAAGACAGCCCGAGCCAGCACAGCGGCCGGCCGUCCCCUGGCUCCGACUCCCAGACUUCCCUGACUGACCAGCCUCUCUUUAAACUCAAGUAUCCCAGCUCCCCUUACAGCGCCCACAUCUCCAAGUCGCCAAGGAACAUGUCCCCCAGCUCAGGCCACCAAUCUCCUGCUGGUAGCGCACCGUCCCCGGCUCUGUCCUAUUCCUCGGCCGGCUCCGCCCGCUCUAGUCCAGCUGAUGCCCCCGACAUAGACAAGCUGAAAAUGGCAGCCAUUGACGAGAAGGUGCAGGCUGUCCACAACCUGAAGAUGUUCUGGCAGAGUACCCCCCAGCAUCCCACAGGACCAAUGAAAAUAUUCCGGGGGACUCCUGGAACGAUGACUUCCAAAAGAGAUGUCCUCAGCCUAUUAAAUCUGUCACCUCGGCACAAUAAAAAGGAGGAAGGCACAGACAAGCUUGAACUUAAGGAGCUGUCUUUGCAACACCGUGGAGAAGCGCCGCCAAAGGCCCCUCCCAACGGUCACUGGCGCAGCGAGACCACCCCCGUGAGCACCCUGCCGCUGCCCGCCAGUCCCCCGGCUGCCGCUCCCACUCGCCCUUUGAGACUUCCUUCCGGAAACGGCUACAAGUUUCUGUCCCCGGGAAGAUUUUUUCCGUCCUCGAAAUGCUAAAGCAUCGUUCAUCCCAACUGACUCAGCGCAGCAGCCCGCAGGGAGGGUGUGGGCAUUCACGCGGCCCCUCCCUGUCUGAGUGCAGUCACCCACGACGCCACCGGCCACCUCACCAUGGGCGCGCUCUCCGGGCAAGGGGCAGCCACGCCCAGGGGCCACCACACACACGGAUGGUGGCUUCUCUGGGACUCCGGGACAGAUUCACCAGAAGCCAGGACUUCUGUGGGGCUGGUACACGAGGCUCAUGGAAUUUUCUACACACUUCACCAAAUGUUUACCUUUGAACUUCCUGCUUCUCAUCUUGAUGUGAUUCUUCAACAGGAUUUUUGUACAAAAAUGGUCAUGGUUCUGGGGUGGGGAGAGGAGAGGGAACACAUAUUUUGCUAAGAGGUAUAUAUGCAGUACCUUUUAUACACAAAAAUACAAAUAGAGCUUUUAUAAGGCUUUCAGGUGCUGGUUGGGGGUGGGAUAUGUAAAAUCUCUCUAACUUGAAUUCUUCAUGGAAGUGUUAUAUUAGCCAAAAACAGAAUUAUGGUUUUAAAAAUGCCAAUGAUUUGUAUUAAAUUGUAGCAAUUUUGGUCUCAUGAUAUUGUAACGACGCAAUAAUUCACAUGGAAACAGUGCUUCCAUCCUGAACUCGGCUUCAUCGAGCUAUACACAUGUCCUUGGGGCCCCACUGUCAACCAAACUUGAAUUUUCUUAAAAAUUUUAUGUAACUCUUAUCCAGGCAUUUUAGAACUAUGCAAUUGUGAUUUAAAAUGCAACUUUGUGCUUUUAAAACAUUACUGACCUUUUUUGUACGUGGAUAAACAACUUGGUUUUAUUAUCAAUAGUACUUUGCAUUUAUAGGUAUUAUUUUUAAAAGCUCAAAACGUUUUUUAAAAUGUCAAAUUUUGAAUAGUCAUCAAUAAGUAAUUAUCAAGUUUUGGGAGGAAAGAUUGAAAUUAGUCCUUAUAUGCAAAAAAAAAAAAAACCACAAAAAACAACCAAAAAAAAAUCCCCUGGCUAACUAGAUUUAACCAGAAUCUAGCCUUCCAGCUCCUAUUCCCUGUACCAGCUGCUUAGUUUUAUUCUCCGUUCUAGGCCUUCAAAACCACUUCUAUCUAACUCUGCUGCCAGGUUCCCACAACUCCAGCCCCCCCAUGUCUGUGAGAUGACCCCGCAUCUUAAUCGUGACCAGCACCCCUUGCUCUGCGUCUGAAGGACAAGCCUCCCCGAAGGCUUUAAUGUCCACAGCCUGGGAAGUGGGGGCUUUUGCUGGAUUGACAUCCAGAUGACUGCCGAAACGCGGAGACACAUCCCUGAAAGUGCUGUCACAGAAAGCAAAGGUGGACUUGCCCUAGGCGGUGGCAGUACACUGAAAUCGCUGCCAGCCAGGAGACAAAAGAGUAGUCUGUGUAGGGGUGACCAUUAACUUAUUUGAAUAAAGAAAUGAAAUGCUGAAAAUCAUAUUAGUACUAAGUUUAGUUGGAGAAUUUAAAUAAGCCUCUUUUAGGUAAUUCUAAAAUUCCAAUCCUACCAUCCUUACUGUGAGGGUGAAUGUGUGUCACACGAAGGUGGGCUGCCACCCGGCCAGGACACCAGCGCCAUGUGGGCGUGGACGUGAGGGGCCCAGCAGGACCGACACCAUCAGACCCCAGGUAGAGCUUUAACCCUGGGUAGGGGCUCUCCUUAUAAACAUACACGGACUGCUUGCCCCGUUCCUCGCUGCACCCUGAAAAGAGGAUACUAUUUAUUCAAUUUGUUAUUUUUCUGAGCUAUGUCAGAGGUUUCUGCAUUUAGCAACAGCCAAGUUGAUGAAAGCAAACAAGAAGGUGGUCCCAUUCUAACCCUGAUUCCAACACUGGAAGAAAAAUACUUUAUAAAGAAGUAAGCAAAUAUGAGGUUGUCUUUAUGUCAGUAGGGGAAAAAAUAAAUGGUUAUAAAAGUACUAGCAUAGCAAAUGAAAGCCAAGUUUAUAACACUGUGCAUUAGAUAGAAAAAUCAGGUCCUCAACCAUGAAAACUAAACCUCAAAGGAAAUUUCUGCAUCCACCUGUAGAUAGUUGGGCUGCUCCUUUCUCAGCAAAUCUCAGCCUCUUUCCCAAGUGCCAACGAGCCCUGGAGGAAAGGCCCGGAGUCUGCUCCGUCCAUGGAGACGAGGGGCUGCCCCGUGCCCCCUCCAGGGCACACCCUCUACCACCCAGACCGCUUCCCGGGGUUACCAAGCCAGCCAGGAGGACUCAUGGGUCCUAACCUGGUUUCAGUCCUACGUAAAUUGUUGUUUUAGGUUUCAUUUUGAAAAAGCCAAAUGGUAUAUAUGAUUUUUAAAUUUUGUCCUAGAUACAAGGUUCAAUGAAGGAAUGCAAAGAUGAUGAAAUAAUAGGACCAAACUAAAAAUCAUUGUAGAGUCACCACUUCUUUAUGUUCACUGUCAGUCUUGGUGUUUUUCUGUGAGUGAAAUGGAUGUAAAAUCAAGGUGAAUUUUUCAGGCUACACUGAUAAAAGGAUGCACUUAAAAAUUAUGUAUAAUUCACAGGCUUCUUUGUACAGAUUGGGAUUGGCAAACUACAGCCCACAGGCUAACUGGUCAGAGGCCUGGUUUUUUAAAAAUUUUACAUUUUUAAAUAGUUAUAUAAGUACCUACAUAAUAGUCUUGAUUUUGCCUCUUUGCCCACUAAGCCUAAAAUAUCGAAUACCCGGCCGAUGAAGAAAGUUUGCUGACUCCUGGUAUAGAUACCAGAAAACAAUUAGAAUAAUGUGUUGUUUCUGCAAUCUAGGAAAAGUGUCAGGUUGUGGACAAAAUUGAUGGGCGUGCACGGGGACCCUGAGCCAUGUGGACAGAAGCGAAUGACUCCUCCGCAGGAUGUGGGUCUUUGCUCACUUUGGAAGGAGUCAAUGGAUGUGGGUAAAAUUUACAAAAAAAAUUUUUUUCUCUAUGUGCAGAUAUCAUUGGAUAUCAUUCUUUUCAGCUCAGGGAACUGGAAUGCCCUGGCCAUACUGUCCUCCGUCAGAUGCAAGUACACGGAACACAAGCAAUAAAGUCUCCCUCUCUUGGCAACCUUGGUAUGACCACAAAGCAAGGUAGUAGUGGGCUCCACCUUAAUUCUCACUAGCGGACUUAACUGCUUUGCUGAUUUAAACGAAGUCAAAAUACCAAGUCAAAAUUAGUUACAAAAAUUUACAUUUUGAUCCACAUUUGUGUGUAGUAAAAUGAAAAAAUUCUCACCUCCAUCCCAUUUGAAAAAAUGCAUGGUCCAUACUGAUACGUGCUGGGUCUCAGCAGGAGACCAGGUGCUGCACACGCUGUCCUUACCCCUGACCUUGUCUGUCCGGUGACUCACAGCAGGUGAUCAUUGUAGCAAGACUUCAGUCCGCUGCCUACCUGUCCCGCCGCCUCCCACAAGAACUGUCACGUUGUUAGUUUCGGUUCAGGUUGGAAAAAAAUGCCACGCAAUAAUCUGGUUUGCUUUUAGUAAGUAGGCAGAAAGUGAAAACUGUAUAAUUUUCAUCACAUAUUUUGUUGUUUUAUCUAAAUUGAUUGUACAUGUGGUUUGUGAACUAGGCCCUUGUUUGUGCCAGAUCUGUCCAAGAUGUUCCAUGCGAGGACACGUGCGGUCACGUCGCCCUUCCUCGGACCCCUUCCCCACUUGGCACUCACGCCCCUCGUAUGCAGUGUUAGCCAUCUUUGGCCUAUGUGGACUUUUUUUUGUAAAUGACACAGUUUCCAGAUGGCAUUAAACUUUUUAUAUUAUGAAAUUUAUCAUGUAAAAAGAACUUCAUAUUUUUAUUGAGACUGCUAAGGCACUUGGCCUUCCUUUGUGAUUUCAGUGUCUAUUAAAGCAUGAGUUC